AUGUCUUCAAAAUUCUUGGCAGAAUUAUCUAAUGAUUACGAAAAACUUUUUAAGACAGAAAUUGGAUAUGACGUUAUUAUUUAUGCUGGUGAAGAGCAAUAUGUUAAGGAAAUUCAUGCUCAUUCAAAUAUUUUGUGCAUUAGGUCUCAAUACUUUCGCUCUGCUUUUUUCAAUGAAUGGGCUGAGAAAAAAGAUGGAAAAUUUAUUUUCAGAAAACCUAACAUCUCACCACAAUUAUUUAAUAUUAUUCUUAGGUUUAUUUAUUGUGGAAGUAUUGAAUUAAAGAAUUUACAAGGUUCUGAUGUAUUGAAAUUGUUAAUUGCAGUUGAUGAACUCAAUAUUCAUUCUUUGGUUUCUCAUAUUCAAGAAUUUUUGAUUGAACACCAAACUGAAUUUUUAUAUCAAAAUCCAACUGAAAUUCUUGAAACUGUUUAUCAACAUGAAACAUUUACAGAUUUAUGGAAUUUCUGUCUUGAAAAAAUUUGUGAAGAACCUGAAGUUCUAUUCAAUUCUGAUAAAUUUAUUAAUUUAAAAGCUCCUUUAUUAGAAUUAUUGUUAAAAAGAGAUGAUUUAAAUAUGGAUGAAAUUGAAAUUUGGGAAAAUUUGUUAAAAUGGUGUUUUACUCAACAAAAUAUGAAGAAUAAACCAUAA